UUCACUAAUAAAAACGGCAAUGGCCAGAUGUCCUCACCAUCUUCCAUGAUUCAACCCAUCUCCACCGCCGCCACCUCUCAUCAAAAAUUAAGCCCAAAAAUUCUAACAUUCCUCCAUUCAAAUUCAGUGCCUUCCCCUGCCAACAAGCUGCAAAGCGAACAAAAUCAAAACGAAGAGAACGAACACACAACCCCCAGCUUCUCCGUCCAACCCACCCAUUUUCCGGCAUGCAUCUCCAUUUUCCGGGCAAGUUGAACCUCUUCCUCCUCCUCAAUUUGGUCGGAAUCUCAUUAUCCGACCCCCGCAUAAACCGAGCGGCACUAAUCUGCGACCCCUCCCGCUCCUCCAACGCCGCCGCCUUUAUUCAGAGCUUCGUCUCUGCCAUGGAAUCCCUCAACAAACAGAUCGGCCCUUCCCCCUUCUCUACUUCGGUUUCCUCGGGAAACAGCUCAACGGUUCGAGUGUAUGCUCUCGCGCAAUGCAUGAACGAUCUCUCUCCAACCGACUGCCUCUUGUGUUUUGCAGAGUGCAGGACAAAGCUCCCCGCCUGCCUCCCGUCGAACAGCGCCCGGAUAUUUCUCGAUGGCUGCUUUCUGCGAUACGAUAACUACAGCUUCUUCAAUGAGUCGUUCGGAGGAGACGAUCUCACAGUUUGUGGUCCGAAUAAAUUACUUGGCUUUUCGACCUCUGAGUUUAAGAGGAGAGUGGAGGACGUGGUGCGGAAUGUGAGUUUGGGGGCGGUUGGGAAUGGGGGGUUUUGCGUGGCGGAGAGAGAGGGGGAUGUUGCCGCGCCGGCAGUGUAUGCUUUGGGGCAGUGUUGGCGGAGUUUGAGUAUGGGGAGUUGUAAGCAGUGUCUGGAGAAGGCGGCAGAGGAGCUGAGGGGGUGCUCAGAUGCGGUGGAGGCGAGGGCGUUGAUUACAGGGUGUUAUAUGAGAUACUCCACCGAAAAUUUUUAUGAUGAGGGCGGAGGCGGGGGAGAUGGUGGAGGUCGACCAAAUUUGGCUGUUAUACUAGCGAUAGCUUCGUCGGUUUUCGUUGCCAUGAUGUUUGUUAGUUUUGGGGUUUAUGUAGCACAUAACAAAUUAUCAAAGAGAAGGAAAGAGCGCAAGGAUCUUGGCAGACUGUCCACCACUCUUAGUAAAUCCUGUCUGAACUUCAAAUAUGAAGUUCUUGAGAAAGCCACUGAUUAUUUCUCUCCUUCGAUGAAAUUAGGUCAAGGAGGAUCAGGUUCGGUGUAUAAGGGGGUUCUCCAUGAUGGAACGAUUGUUGCUGUGAAGAGGCUCUUCUUCAAUACAAGGCAAUGGGUUGAUGAGUUCUUCAAUGAAGUGAACCUCAUCAGUGGGAUUCAACACAAGAAUCUGGUUGGGUUGUUGGGUUGUAGCAUUGAGGGCCCUGAAAGCCUUCUGGUUUAUGAAUACGUGCCCAACAAAAGCCUCGAUCAAUUCCUAUUUGAAAAGAAUAAGACCCAGGUGAUAAGUUGGCAACAACGAUACAAGAUUAUAGUAGGUGCUGCUGAAGGCUUGGCCUUCCUUCAUGAAGGAUCAAAAUUUAGAAUAAUUCACAGAGACAUAAAGUCAAGCAAUAUAUUGGUUGAUGAGAAAUUAGAAGCAAAAAUUGCAGACUUUGGGCUUGCCCGAUGCUUUUCACAUGACAAGACUCAUCUCAGCACUGGGAUAGCAGGAACACUUGGCUACAUGGCUCCCGAAUAUCUUGUUCGGGGUCAAUUGACAGAGAAGGCAGAUGUUUAUAGUUUUGGGGUGCUGGUUCUCGAAGUCAUCUGUGGUAGAAAAAACAGUGUCUAUGCACCACAAUCAGGCUCUAUCCUUCAAUCCGUUUGGGAACACUUCAAGUCAAACUCAUUGGCUGAAGCUGUGGAUCAAGGCUUGAGAGACAAUUUCCCUGCAAGACAGGCUUCGAAUGUUCUCCAAAUCGGUCUUCUUUGCACCCAAGCCUCUGCAAAUCUACGGCCCUCCAUGUCGACUGUCGUUAGGAUGCUCACAGAUGACGAUCACCCCAUUCCUUUGCCCAUGCAACCACCUUUUCUCAACACAAAUGUGAUCAAUCCCGACGCCUCUUCCAAAUCCUCGAGCUCCCCCUUCUCUCCCUCUCCUCCUCCAUCAUCAUCUAGUGACCCAAUUACCACUACUUUUGAGCCAAGGUGAAAACCAGAGCAUCAAGCAAUUUGUUCGAAAGGUUUGCCUGUUUUUCUUAGUGACUAUAUAAAAGGUUUUGGAGUUGAAAUCAUAAAAGAAAGAUGGAUCGGUAUUGGGACACAGAGAUUUGUUAGACGAGGUGGAUAUCAGGCGGUUCUUGGGAAUGUUGUCAUUUUUGGGUUGUAAAUUUUGAUGUUAGAAGGCAUUCUACAGUGGUGAGAGAGAGAGAGAGAGAGAGAGAGAGAGAGAGAUGUAAAUGAAUGUAAAGAAGAAACAGGGACUGAUACUGAAAAGUCCCAGCGUAAAAGGUGCGGUCAGCAGGUAAUUAUUUGGCUUUAGGUGUGCCAUGUUAAUUAGUUUCUUAGAUGAAUUAUUUCCAUGACCACAUGGCUACCUAAGGUUGUGCCUUCUUUUUGUUACUUGUAUCUUAGCAAGAGUGGGCAUUUUCCCACUUAUCCAAAACAAACGGUUCAUUUGUAGAUUGAUACAUUACCUGAUCUUACAGUACUGCAGUCUCUCUCUUACUA